GAUUCUAGAUUUUGGUGAGGUUCGUGCUACGCGUCAGUUCUGAAACGCCCCCCCUUCUCUCUCAUCCACUAUUCCUCUACUUUACCAAUCCAGGGAAACAUUUUUACUUGCAGAAGACCUGUGGCGGGUACAGAGACAGAGUCAUUCUUCUACGGCUGCAACCUUCACAACACGACAAGUUCGCAUUGAAGCCAGGGAUGAUGACCCUUUUCGUUUUGCUCUGUUUCAUGUUCCUCUUUGCUUUCACACGCCCCAUCAUACCUGCCGAGAGCUCGAUCGAGUCUCUUUGUUGUCCUGCAACAAGCUUUCAACUUCUCUGAAGAGAUUUAGCGCGUUCACUUUAAGAAUCUACUGUUCGCCACUUUCUCCUUCUGAUGGAAACAGAACUGGCAUUUUCUUCAAUAAUCAUCUAUCUUCUUCCGCCAAUGCCAAUGAAUUCGCACACGAUCAGAGCUCCUUAACAAAUUCAUAAUCGCAUCUCUCUAUCUUGCAACUGCAAUUUUCAUGGCAUCACGGGUUGGAUCUACAAGCUAUGAUGUGUUUAUCAAUUUCAGAGGUGAAGAUACCCGCAAUAACUGCGUCGGUCACCUUUACAUGGCUCUCAAGGAUCGUGGAAUUGAUGCUUUCAUUGACAGCAAAGAUCUGUGGAAAGGAGAAAAUAUUUGGCGGAAGCUUGUAGAAGCACUAGAAGUCUCCGACUUCUCGAUUGCUGUCUUGUCUGAGAGAUACACAGAAAGCAAAUGGUGCCUCGAGGAGCUCGCUCAGAUGCUAGAAUGUCAUAGAACCAACAAUCAAAUCAUUUUUCCCAUCUUCUUCAAGGUUAAGACUUCGGACGUUAAGAAUCAGACUGGAUGUUUUCAGAUUUCUCCUCAGAGACAUGGUAAGGAGGUUCCCGAAACCCUCCGGAGAUGGAAGGACGCCUUGCGACUGGUGGGAGAUAAGAGUGGAUGGGUUUUUGAGGAUGGGGAUGAUCAAUCAGAGUUAGUCAAGCAAGUUGUUCAAAACGUUUGGAGCCGAUUGAACGCGGUCCCCUUGGAUGAAGUUAAACACCCUGUUGGAUUAGAAUCCCGUGUAAAAUCUGUGAUAUCUUUACUAUCAAAUACCAGUUCUAAGGAUGUUCAGUUUCUAGGGAUAUGUGGUCCGGGUGGCAUUGGAAAGACAGCCAUUGCGGUAGCUGUAUACAAACGUAUCUUUAGAAACUUUAGUAAGAGUUUAUAUCUUGAAAAUGUUAGUGAGAGAGCAUCAGAACCCAAUGGGAUAGUUCAUUUGCAAAAAAUACUUCUUGAAAGGAUCUCUGGGAAGAAAAUAAAAAUAUGCAGUUCUAAAGAAGGAUCAAGUUUGAUUAAAAAAAGAUUUGAAAAAACAGAUAGUCUUCUCAUUCUUGACGAUGUGGGAGAUUAUACCCAAUUAAAAGCAUUGGCUGGUGAUCUCUAUUGGUUUGGUCCGGGAAGUAAAAUAAUCAUAACAACUAGAGAUCAUAGCCUUCUAAGGGAAGCUCCUGAAGAUAAUAGAAAAAUAUAUGAGCCUGAAGAAUUGAAUGAGAAAGAAGGUCUUCAACUCUUCAGUUCCUAUGCUUUUUCAGCAGACCAGCCUCCUAAUGAUUAUAUGCAGCUUUCAGUUGAUAUGGCAAGCACUACAGGAGGGUUGCCCUUAGCCUUGGAGGUUUUGGGUUCUGAUUUAUCUGUAAACAAAAACAAAGAAGUAUGGAAAAGCAUGCUUCGGUUGUGGGAGCAAAUUCCUCAUGAUAAGGUCUAUGGAAAGUUAAAGAUAAGUUAUGAUAAUCUGCAAAAUGAUAUUCAGAAAGCCAUGUUUUUCGAUGCCGCAUGCUUUUUCAUAGGAUGGGAGGAAGAAAACAUAAUUUCCAUAUGGGAAGCUUGUGGCUUUGAAGAACCAAGAUGCCAUAUAGAAGUUCUCAAGAGAAAAUCCCUCUUCAAGAUUAAUGAAUCAAAAGAGUUGUAGAUGGACAAUCAGAUUCGAGGUAUGGGAAGGGCAAUCGUCAACAACCAAAGUCCUAUGGAACCUGGUAAGCGUAGCAGGUUAUGGUCUCGUGACAUAAUCAUGAAGGUAUUAAAAGGUGGGAAGUGGAAUGAAAUGGUUGAUGGUAUUCAGCUUAGCUUCAGUUCAAAUGAAAACAGUUGUUUACAAACUGAUGGCUUUAAGAAGAUGCCCAAACUAAGAUUACUACAAGUUGAUGGAGCAACCUUGAAGGGGAGCUUUCAGUGUCUUCCUUCUGGGUUAAGUUGGCUCGGAUGGCGGGGAUGUCCGUUGGAUGAAAUACCUGCUAAAUUUUAUCAUGAAGAAUUAGUUAUGCUCGACUUAAGUCAUGGCCAAUUUAAACAAGCUUGGAAUAGCUGGCUUGGAAAUAAGCUGUUUCAACAAUUGAAAGUUCUUAAACUCAGUUGGUGUUUGUCUCGGUCUAAGUCUCCCGACUUUUCAGGAUUUCCUCUCUUAGAGAGGUUGUAUCUUGAUAAUUGCGAAUCUUUGGUUAAUUUGGAUGAAUCCAUUGGGCAGCUCCAGGAGCUUGUUUACUUGAACUUGGAAAAAUGCUCCUCUCUUAAGAAACUCCCAAACAAUAUAUGCAGAUUGAGUUCUCUUCAAAAGUUAAUUUUCAGCCAUUGCAUCUCACUCAGAAAGAUUCCUGAAUCUAUUGGUAACUUAGAAUCUUUGGUUGAGCUUUUCUUGAACAAAACAAAUAUUGAAGCACUGCCUGAUAGUGUUGGACUGUUAAAGAAGUUGGAGGUAUUGGAUCUUUCACUUUGCCACAAGUUCGUGAAUCUUCCAAGGUCAAUGGAGAAUAUGACAUCUCUGCAUCAUAUUGAACUUAGUUGGUGUAACAAAUUUGGAUCCAUACCAAAGCUGCCCUCUACUUUUAUUCAACUUCAUAUACAUUACCAAUCAUUGGAAUUCAGACCAAACUUGCAAGACAUAUUAAAUUUGUUAGUGUGCCCUGAAGAUUUGAAAGUUCUUAAAAUCAGUUGGUGUUUGUCAGAGUCUCCCGACUUCUUGAGACCUCCAGAAUUAUACCGGCCACUUCCGACUAUUUCCUUGCAGCAAUGGAUGUCGUAUCAGAUCUUUCCAUUUCUGCGAGAUAGCUUUAUGAUGUUUCUGAGCUUCGUGAUCUUACGGCCGACGUUUGUGGAGAUACGGUACAUCCCUUCAUCAUCCAUGUAUCCUACCCUUAGUGUUGGUGAUCGGAUCAUCUCCGAGAUGGUGACAUAUUACUUCAAAAGCCCUGCUGUUGGUGAUAUUGUCCUUUUUUCAGCUCCUAACAUUUUACAGGAAAUAGGAUACAGGAAGGAAGAUGCCUUCAUUAAGAGAAUCGUUGCAAAAGCUGGUGACUUAGUUGAGGUUCAGCAUGGAUUACUUUAUAUCAAUGGAAUUGCCCGUUAUGAAGAUUUCAUAGCAGAACCUCCAAUGUACAAAUUGGGUGCUACUUAUGUACCUCCACAUCAUGUUUUCGUGUUGGGUGACAACCGUAACAACAGCUAUGACUCUCAUGUUUGGGGACCUCUUCCUAUUGGAAAUAUUAUUGGAAGAUAUGUGAUGCAUUUCAGACCAUCAGACAUUGAUCCUGGGAGAUAGAACGGUCUAAUUAUGCAACAAACCUGCCUUUCUCCUUUCUUUGCUGUUAAUUUUUCUUAGAUAACCAAGGAGGAUGCAAGUUCUCCCAUGAUCCACGUCUUCAACUGCCCCUAGCCAAGCUUGCCUGUAGGUGGGUCUCCAAGUUCCUUGGUUGUACCUUGUGUACUAACUUGGGAAGAGGUGAUCUGUAGAUAAUAGGUGUUUGAUAUCAGCUCAAUUCCUAACUGAUUCUUGCUUAGAGAAAUCGAAUAGGAAUUAUUGUAUAUCAAUCUUGUAUCCAUUUUUUGAGUUUUUUUAAGCCUUGAAACGCACAUUAGAUGUGAUUUUCGAGUGGCAAGUCUGUCUUGGAUUUAGUUGUACAUUUUGUUAUUAUGGUAGUCGUUUUGGUUUGGUGCCGAAUUGAAA